GACCAACGCCAACCAACCUCCUUCCCCGGUUAUCUUCGCUUCGCCAUGGUGGUCUUGAACUCCUCGCCGGCUCUAAACAAGAGCGCCAUCUUCUCUGGCGUCCCAGCGAUUAGACUCUCGGAGCCGGGCUCCGAUUCCCUCCUCGUGAGAGCCUGCGAGGACCUCGGUUUCUUCAAGGUCACCGACCACGGCAUCCCCAUGGAGCUCAUUGCGAAGCUGGAGGAGGAAGCCAUGAAAUUUUUCGCUUCCCCGGAGGAGGAAAAGGAGCUUUCCGGCCGGAAAUUAGCUAAUCCCUUCGGCUACGGAAGCAAGUGUAUCGGCAGCAAUGGCGAUGUUGGCUGGGUGGAGUACCUCCUCAUGCCUGUCACCUCCGAGCCCUUCUCCAUGGCCUUCCUCAUGCAGCCCUCCGCGAGCUCUUUCCGCUCCGCUUUGAAUGAGUACAUUUCAGCAGUGAGGAAACUGGCGUGUCAGAUUCUGGAGUUGAUGGCGCAGGGGCUCGGGAUUGAGCAGACGGACGUGCUCAGCAAGCUGGCGUUGGACGAGGAGAGCGAUUCGAUGCUGAGGCUCAACCAUUACCCUCCCUGCCUGAUGCUUCAGGAGCAGAACGGAUUCUUGACGGGGUUCGGGGAGCACACCGACCCGCAGAUCAUCUCGGUGCUCAGAUCCAACAACACGGCCGGCUUGGAGAUCUCUCUCAGAGACGGUAGCUGGGUCUCCGUCCUCCCUGACCAAGAAGCCUUCUUCGUCAACGUCGGCGAUUCCUUACAGGUGCUGACGAAUGGGAAAUUCAGGAGCGUGAGGCACCGGGUGUUGGCCAACGGGUGGGAGUCGAGGGUGUCGAUGAUCUACUUCGCGGGGCCGCCGCCGGGGGAGAAGCUGGCGCCGCUGCCGGAGGCGAUGGAGGAGGGUGAGCAGAGUCAGUACAGGGAGUUCACGUGGCGCGAGUACAAGAGCUGCGCCUACAAGACGCCGCUCGGAGACAACAGGCUCGACCUCUUCCACAAGUGAAUUAGUCAGUGAUGAUCGAAGAAAGAAUGGAGACGAAUUAAUUAGCUAGGGUACCGUUAAUUAAUUAACCAAACCAAACCAAAGAUGAGAGAAUGCAGAGAGGUUGGUUACAUUAUUCUCUGAUGUUCUUCCAAAAUUUCAUUGUGAGAAUCAUGGCUGCAGGUUUCUUGGUUCUUGAGAAAUUUCUUCCAUUUAACUAAGAAAUCAAUUAUGAAAAAGGCCUCUGUCAGAUUAGAUUUCCAACUGUCGGAAUCAAAUCUAGAUCGGUCCGUGCGCAGGCUGAAGACAGACAUGCAGUGAUGUUUGACUUGACUUGAAUUCCAUUCAAUUGUAAUUUGUAAA